UUAUUUUCCCGCAGACAGACAGGAGAAGAAAAAAAGAAAUUUAACAAGUCAAUAUUACAAAAACAAUGAAAAAAAUUGUACAAUAUUAAUAAGUUUAAUUACAUACAAUUUUAAGUGAACAAUACAAAGUCAUCUUUACAUUGAACUGCCGGAACAACGUCCAACCUCAAAGAGUUAGCAAAAUGGCACUCAACUUUCUCCGACAAAUUGCAAGACCAACCGUAUCUUUAGGAGUAAAUAAAUGUAACAAAUCUGCAUUUAGGCAACUGAUGACUAGUGAACCGACACGGCUGGGUAUGAUUCCCAUUGUGGUGGAGCAAACUGGACGAGGGGAGCGGGCCUACGAUAUUUACUCAAGGCUACUAAGAGAAAGAAUAAUUUGCCUUAUGGGGCCUAUAAAUGAUGAUAUCAGCUCUUUAGUCGUCGCUCAACUUCUAUUUCUGCAAUCUGAGUCCAGUAAAAAACCAGUGCAUUUGUAUAUAAAUUCUCCUGGGGGUAAUGUUACAUCUGGUCUUGGUAUUUACGAUACAAUGCAGUAUAUUACUCCUCCGGUCGCGACUUGGUGUGUAGGACAGGCUUGCAGUAUGGCUUCGUUGUUAUUAGCUGCCGGAGCUCCUGGUAUGAGGCACGCACUUCCUAAUUCCCGCAUAAUGAUACAUCAGCCUUCUGGAGGUGUGCGAGGGCAAGCAACAGAUAUUCAAAUCCAGGCAGAAGAAAUACUGAAGCUGAAAGCACAGAUUAAUACACUGUAUGUUAGACAUACAGGUUUGGCUGCAGAGAAAGUACAGACAUCAAUGGAACGUGAUUACUUCAUGUCACCAACAGAGGCAAAGGCUUUCGGAUUAAUAGACAAUGUUCUAGAGCAUCCUCCUUCGCAUGCGAUGGAGAAGGAAUGUGCCACAUCUGCCUCUGGCCCUUCCAAUAGUAGCAAUUGAUCUGCUUAUAGAAAAUGUGAUGUGUAAAAAGGUUAUAAAACUUGUUAUGUUCAAUAAAGACUGUAUAUUUUGA